GAGGUGUCGCUCACAACACAAAUCCUCCCAAACAGAAAGUUCGUGCGCCGCUGCGUCGGGUCGGUGCUGUUUGAAUAUCACACGAAAACCCACAGCAAUCGGAAAUAAAGAGGAUCAUGAAAGAGGAUAAAGAGAACGCCAGGCCGAGGGAGAAGACAGUGGACACGAACUAUGACGAGAACGAAAAGUGCGAGAAGCCCAGUAAAGAGAAGAAAGAGAUCAUGACGAAGAUUGUUAUCCGACGCCUUCCUCCCAGUUUGACGAAGGAGCAGCUGGAGGAGCAGCUCGAGCCCCUCCCCGAGGUGGAUUAUGUUGAGUUUUUUGCCAAUGAUACAAGCUUGUAUCCACAUCUGUUUUCCAGGGCCUAUAUCAAUUUCAAAAACCAAGAAGACAUUGUUUUGUUUAGAGAUCGAUUUGAUGGCUAUGUAUUCAUUGAUAACAGAGGCCAGGAGUACCCGGCUGUUGUGGAGUUUGCACCUUUUCAGAAAAUUGCCAAAAAGAAGAGCAAGAAAAAGGAUGCCAAAGCUGGAACGAUUGAAGAAGACCCAGAUUAUAAGAAGUUCUUGGACAUCUACAAUGGAGAUGAAGAAAAGUUAACUUCUACUCCUGAAACUCUCCUUGAAGAAAUAGAGGCCAAAACCAAGGAACUAGAAGCUGCAAAGAAAACUACUCCACUUUUGGACUUUCUGAAAAACAAACAGAGAAUAAGGGAGGAGAAGCGAGAGGAGAGGAGGAGGAGGGAGCUGGAAAGGAAGAGGCUUCGGGAUGAGGAUCGCAGGAAAUGGAGGGAGGAGGACCGGAGGAAACGCAAAGAGACUGAAAAGCACAGAAAAGGAGGCGAGAAAUCAAAAGAAGAGCCAAAAAUGAAGCUCCUGAGGAAGCCAGAAAAAGGAGAUGAUCUUGACUCGGACAAAGUUAAAGAGAAACCAAAGAAAGUGGAAAAGGAGAGGAUAAAGGAUGACAAGCCCUCUACAGGGGUUGGGGGUGAGCUGAAGAAACGUCAGGAGAGUGCACACUGGGAUGAAAAAGGAAGGAAGACAGAAGAGGAAAGCCGAAAGGAUUAUAGAGACAGAGACUUUGAGCGAGACAGAGAAAGGGACCGGGACAGAGAGAGGGAGAAGGAAAGAGAGAGGCGUCAGAGAGAGAAGGAACGGAUGAGGCGCCAGGACGAGGAGCGGCGCCGGAGGAGGGAUCGACACGACCCUGAAAACACGUACAGGAGGCGAGAUGAGGAAGUAAAGAAAGAGAAAGACCGCGUGUGGGAGAAGAAGAAAAGCGACAGCGCCGCGGACUCCACAUCCAACCCAGACAAGCCUGAAAGAUCAGCCAAGGAGGAGAAGAAGGAUGGGCCCAGCAAGAGGGACCGUUUGAGAAACAAGGAUCGGCCGGCCAUACAGCUGUACCAGCCUGGAGCACGAAACCGCGGCCGUGUACCUGCCAGUGCAGAGUUUCCGGGUGAAGAGCAGACCCCUGAAGGGGAGACCAAGAGCCCUCAAGAGAAAGGAGAAGAAUGACAGCAGAGAUGAGGAGGGAGGUUCCCUGUCAUCAAGGCAGCCUGGCAACAGAGCAUGUGCUGCAGCAGUGCCUGCCAUCAUCUGCUCCUUACUUCCUUCCAGUAUUUGGGGGGGGGGGACAGACUGUGCUGUUUGAGUAAACCAGGGAAGCCUCCCUGUCAAAAUGCUGAACUGCUGGGGCAGUAUGAGAAGCCAAAGCAUGCAGGGACCAAGCGAACCUGAAGUGACCUUAAUGAGGCACAGAGCUGGAUAUAUAGAUACAACAGUGCAGUUUUUAUUUGAGAAAGCAAAACAUGCUUUGCAUCCUUUAUUGGUUUGCAAGAACACCUGCCUAGUUUGUUCUCACCUUUAGUUGCAUUUUUCUUAGUCUACACUUACUAGGCUUUGCAUUUAGUGUUUGAUCAGUACCUGAAACUAUUUAUGUUCAGGAUAAGCCUGGCUGAUGCAACUUCUCUACCUGUGGCCUUACACAUUUUCAUAUCUCUUAAAGAGUGUAGUUUUUCCCAUCACAAGACUUUUUAAAGCAAAACUGGAAAAUAUCAAUAGGGUGGUUUCUGAAUUCCUUCUUACAUACAUUUAAAUCAAUUCCUCAAUCCAAGCAUGUUCAUUUUUAUACAGUGAAGCUUAUGAAGGUCAGAAGAGUGGUGUAUACUGUACACAUUCUUUUUGCAGUGCUGAAUACACAAGUGUACAGUUGUUUAAUAUGAAAGGAGUUCUCAUGGUGACCAAUACACCAGCAAUUCUUUUUUAGUGCCCUGCAUAACGCAUCUCCUCAAACUCCAUCUGCAGCAUGACGCUGGAUUUAUCAACACUGUUAUUUACAGUUUAGAAGGUGGAAAUAAUUCAUUUAAUCCUGGAAUGUAAUGUUUUGUUAUUUCCCACAUAUGUGCUUGAGCUCUGUGUGUACAACUGUAAGUCUUGUUUAAGCUGUUUUAAUAAAACUGUUCAGCAAACAA